AGAACUCAUCAUGCAGCUUGCUCGCAUCGUGUCCUGACAACCAUCGUCCUCAGUCUGUUUUGCUAUUUGAGGUGACUUUUGUCGCCAUGGUUGGAAAGAUAAAGCACGUUCGCCAGAAGCUUCACCAGCAGGCGGUGAAGCUGGAUGUGUCGCAGGACACCCAACAAGUUUCCUUCAACUCUUGCAGUCGGGACACAAACAUUUCACAGCCCGAACCUCCCCAUAAAGAAAAGGUCUCUGCACCCAUCACUUUCCCCUCUGGACUUUUUCAAGGCACCGUCAUCCCUACAGAGUCUCUCAAACAAACACUCGACGUCAAAGAAGUGCCAGCGGUUCCUCCGCUAGCUGAGAGAGGACCCAGAGAAAAGAAACUCAAACCAAAGAAAGAGAAGAUGAAGGAGAGGAGGGAGCGAUGGCUCAACAAAAUGAGGUCGAUUACGAAGAUGAAGGCGGAUCAGGCUGCAGCGCUGCAGAGACGAGCCAUGCCGGUGGUGGGAGACAUGAGGCCGCUGGUCGACGCCCUGCCUGAACUCUCUGAGCUCAUGGCGCCCUCUUCUGUAGUCCCUGCUGCCCGGGCCCGGAGUCGGAAAAACAAACUACCGGUGAAGCGACCGCAGCCAGGUGUCAACCGGAUGAACCUAGCACAGAAACGGAAAUUCCUAGAAACAGAGGCCAGUAGCUUCAGCAGUUUCGCCAAGAGCCUGAGCACGAAGCCAAACCCGCUGGCUGAAAUUGGUGAAAUCCUGAAGAAGAGGAUGAAGGAGGAGGAAGAGCAAGAUCUCACUUAACACUAGAGGACAUUAUUAUAAUUCAUGCAGCUCACAGUCUCCGCCUCGGAGUGACAGCCUUUUUCUGGAUGUUGUGCUAGUAAUAAA